AAUAGCACGCGAUAGGGCGUCCAUUGGCUGUGGAUGAUGCAACUUAUGUUUGACGAGAGGGCGUUCAGAUUGCGACUUGGACAGCUGUAAUCAAGCUGAAGUGCGCAACACGUGCUACGCUGUGUAGCAAGUGGCGUUCUAUCAUCCUGUUGUUGACGCACAUCAACGCACAUCGACCAACAUUGACGCGUGGUCUACGAAAUGAGGGUCCACGACGACGCGGAUGCCAAAUACAUCGCGAUGGGAAAAUCCAAAUUGGCCAUGAAGCGGCCGAACACCAAUGUAUUUGGCAAAGCUCUUAGCAAAAUGCAGAGAAUGAACGAAGAAAGACAGUGCAACACAGCGAGUGUAGCAAAGAACAAUGAUAAGUCGAGUGUUGGUUUAUAUCAACGAAAAAAAUCGCUGCCUGUCUAUAUGCUUCGUAAAAGACUGUUGGAGGAGAUUCGUCAGUACAAUACUCUGAUUAUAAUAGGCGAGACUGGUAGUGGUAAAACCACGCAAAUUCCACAGUUGUUGCUUCAAGCUGAAAUAGCUGGUGCAACAGGCUGCAUUGGAAUCACACAACCACGCCGGAUAGCAGCAGUUAGCAUAGCACGCCGGGUUGCCCAAGAACAAGGAGCAAAACUAGGAAAAUUGGUGGGCUAUUGCGUUCGUUUUGAGGACUGCACUUCUCUUCAGACAAGGAUCAAAUAUGUGACGGAUGGUAUGAUGGUGCGAGAAGCGAUGACAGAUGAAAUCUUGUCAGAAUAUUCGGUGGUGAUACUCGACGAGGCUCACGAGCGAUCUGUACACACCGAUGUUCUGUUUGGAGUAGCUAAACGAGCACAGAAUUUGCGGAAGUUGAAGAAUUUACCACCCUUAAAGCUCCUAAUUAUGUCAGCCACGAUGGAUCCCAAUAAAUUCAAGGAGUAUUUCCAGGCACCGGCAUUAUAUCUGGAGGGCCGUCAACAUCCCGUGAGGAUUUUUCAUUCGGUCUCCUCGCAGCAGGAUUACGCGUUCGCCGCACUAGUUACGGCCUUUCAAAUUCACCGCAAAGCACCUGCAAAUGAGGAUAUUCUAAUUUUCUUGACCGGGCAAGAAGAAAUAGAGGCAGCCGCAGUGGCUGCCCGACAGGUGGCUAAACAAUUAGACGGACAGCAGUAUCCAUCUCUGAAAGUUUUUCCCUUGUACGCGGCACUACCCACUCACCAGCAAUUAGAGGCCUUCAAACCUUCGGCACCUGGUAUGCGUAAACUAGUACUGUCGACAAACGUCGCUGAGACAUCCGUCACAAUUGGUGGAAUUCGUCACGUGAUCGAUACCGGUGUUGUCAAAGCGAGGACUCAUCAUCCGACGACGGGAUUAGACAUGCUGAGAGUUGAGAAAGUCGCAAAGGCUCAGGCUUGGCAAAGAGCAGGCAGAGCUGCUCGCGAAGCACCGGGUAAAUGUUAUAGAGCUUACACCAAAGAAGAGUUCGAGAAGAUGAAGGAUAUGCCAGUACCAGAAAUUCAAAGAUGUUCUCUGGCGGGAGUCGCCCUUCAAUUGCUCGCCAUUGGUGUCGAUAUCACCACUUUUGAUUUUAUGGAUAAACCACCCAAGGAAGGUGUAGAUGUUGCUGUAAAAUGUUUGGAAAAACUGGGUGCAGUUAAAGGAUCUCCGCCGCAGCUGACCACACUCGGCCGAACGAUGUCAUUGUUUCCGUUAGAUCCGCGAUUUACCAAAGUAAUCCUCGCAUCGGUGGAGCACAGGUGUCUGGAGGAAGCAUUGACGGUUAUUGCUUUACUAUCGGGCGAAUCGAUUUUCUUGGACCCACCCACGAAGAGGGAACAAGCUUACAAUGCACGCUCACGAUUUGCCUCGCCCGAGGGAGAUCACGUAACGUUGUUGAAUGUGUUCCGAGCAUACCAAAGUGCUACGCAGAAGAAGGUAUGGUGCCACGAGAAUUUCUUGCAUCAUCGAAAUCUGGAAUACGGGUCGGAAGUGAGGCAACAGCUUGCGGCGUUGGCGGAACGUGCGAAUUUGGAGAAGGCAAGCUGCGGAACGAAUACAAAGCAACUCAGAAAAGCUUUCCUCGAGGGGCUUUAUGAGAAUCUUGCUGAGCUACAGAGGGAUCAGACGUACGUCACGGUCUACUCGAAGCAGCCGGUAACCAUACACCCUUCUUCGACAUUGCACGGUACGAAGCCGCCAUUGCUGCUGUUUACGGAGGUCGUAGCCACUGGAAGAUGUUACCUUCGCGGUCUGUCUGUCAUCGACCCGGCGUGGUUGACGCAAAAGAACGUCGGCCCCGGCAAGCACAACUGACGCAACUUUUUAUGUUACAGUGUUAUUUAUACAGAGCUUAUUUCCGUUGACGAGAUAGAAUAAUUGAGGCCAUUGGAUAAAGGGAUUGACGCCGUGAUUUUGGAAUGAAAGGAUUGAUAGCUGCGAUUUAGAGAAAGAUUAAGCGCUGGCAUAUUUUUCUAGCAAUCUCUUCGUUCGAUUCCUCAAUCACGCUGGCAUAUUUUAUCGAAAAUAUAUGAUUAGAAAGACACUUUUCUACUAUUUAUAUACUUUAGUGUAUAUAAGCAUUGUUAUUAGAUUUAGUUAAUAAAUAUUUUACUUAUUGUAUA